AUGGAUAUUCACCGCGGAGCCCAGCACUUCUUAGAGUGUGGCAUUGUAGAAUGUGAAAGAAACUGUGAGUUCUAUUGCAACCCUUGUCAUCAAAGAUUGUGCAAACAAUGCAAAGAUGAACAUCUGAAAGGUCUAGAAAACCAAAACCAUGAGAUAGUCCAUUACCAGCAACGUAAACCACAACUUCCUGUUGAAAAAUGCAAGAUCCAUCCCAAUAAAAAUGUGGACAUGUACUGUGAAGAAUGCCAAAUUUCAUUAUGUUCUAAAUGUGCUACAAAGGGAGACCACCAAAGACAUAUAUUUGUUGAUCUAGAAACAAUGUAUGAAGAAAAGUUUGUGCUAUACCAAAAAGAAAUCUCCAAAAUUCAUGAGUAUUUUCUUCCCAUAUCACAAGAUUUCCAGAAAGAAAUAAAACAAGAUACUGUAGAAAUCAAAAACAUCAUUGACAAUAUCAGAACAUCCAUGAAGACUGAAGGUGAAACCCUGAAAAGUCUGGUGGACACAGUCAUAUCUGAGAACAUGAAGCAGCUAGACCAGAUAGAGUGUUCACUGUUAGAAGAUCUAAACUCCCAAGACAAGACAUUGAAUGAUUACAUCACUUAUCUUAUUAACUUUGUCAAAGAGCUCCACAGAUGCCUGUCCUCUACAGAACCCCAGAAAUUAAUGUCUGAGAAGAAACCAAAGAUCCGAUCCAUACCAGAGACAACAAAACCAGUCACACCAGGAUUUACUGCUGGUCAAUACAGCAAAAGUGAUGUCACUCAGUUACUUGGUAAAAUACAUGUUCCCAACACUAAACCAGAGAAAAGAGAAAUAAGGUCCAUUGAAAGUGUCCACAAUACAACAAUGAAACAUACAUAUAAACAGAUGAAAGAAGACAGGAAGAAAUCUGUCAAGAAACAAACAAUGUCUCUAUCUGCAUCUGUCACCAAGGUCAGGGAGUUCAAUGUACCAGGUGUUGAUCAUGUAUGGCAUUUAUCACUAGAUCAAUCGGACAGGCUCUGGAUCAGUGACAGGGAUGGUAAUCUUGUCCAAACAGAUCUACAGGGGAAUGUAAUACAGAAGAUAAAAACCAGUGGUAGAUGUGAAGGUUACCACACAGUCACACGGGACGGGGAUGUGAUCUUUACAGACAGAGACAGGAAAGUCAUCAACAGGAUAACACAGGAUAAUAAUAUCACUAAAUUCAUUAAAACUGGAGACUGGAGACCAUACAGCAUACACUCCUCCCACAUCAACGGGGACAUACUGGUGGGGAUGGUGACCGAAGAAAAUGCUAAAGUCACCAG